CUAAGCGCAUUAUCUUACGCCAGUAACUUGUGACAUGUUUCAGGUCGUCGUCAGACUUGCAGAUCAAUGGCUUUGACCUUUGUCCUGACCACGCAGGGGAGACUCUAAUAUCACGCUUCAUGCCUGCAGUCUCGGUAUGGAUCCCGCGGGGCACAAGUACUUCACUGUUAUUGACUACGUGAUAUUUGCGUUGCUGUUGGCGGCCUCCAUGGCUAUCGGGCUGUACUACGCCUUCAGCGGAGGACGCCAGAGCACCACGCGGGAGUUCAUGUACGCAGACAGAAGUAUGAAGUGCCUGCCCCUCUCUCUGUCUCUCAUGGCCACAUUUCAGUCGGCCGUGGCUAUCAUUGGCACGCCGGCUGAGGUUUACGCCAAUGGCACACAGUACUGGUUUAUCGGCUGCUCUUAUAUUCUGGGUCUCCUGAUACCCGCGCACAUUUUCAUUCCUGUGUUCUACAGACUACAUCUCACCAGCGUUUACCAGGUACACACCCUUAUAAAUUAGGAAAUUACUCAGACGCUCUCAGAAAUAAAGGUUAUUUACUGGCAAUAAAGUUUGGAGAAAUUCGGCAUUCCAUCACUUGCUCAGCAGCGGAUGCUUUGCGGUGAAUGGGUGCCGUCAGAACGUCCAAACGGCUGAUGAAAGCGUCACAAUAAUCCACAAGUAAUCAGUUUGUGCGUUUGAA